UUAUUAUUGUGCAUCAGCUGAUCAUCUCGCACUUUAAAUCCGUCUAGAACAGGUCGAGAAGCAACAGUUUGGCUGGACAUUAUUUAAAGUUAAUAAUUGUAAGAAAAUGUUGGCCUCCGCCGCGACAAAGCAGCUGGUCCAGCUGUGCCGGCCAGCAUCCGGCGUGUUGCUGCAGCGGUGGUUCGCGCAGCAAGCGUCCGACUCGGUGGUCAUCAGCCGGCUGCAGGACAAACACAAUGGCAUCGCCGUGCUGGGCAUGAACCGUCCGGAGGCGAAGAACGCGUUCGGCAAGGCGUUUGUGCAGCAGUUCACGGACGCCGUGAAGAUCGUCAAGCACGACCAGUCCAUCCGGAUUCUGAUCGUACGCAGCCUGGUGCCUGGCGUGUUCUGUGCCGGCGCCGACCUGAAGGAGCGAGCCACCAUGACAGACAGGGAGGUGGUCGAGUUCGUCAACCGAUUGCGGAAGCUGACGACGUCGGUGGAGAAGCUGCCGAUGCCAACGAUUGCGGCCGUGGACGGUGCGGCCCUCGGGGGCGGGCUCGAGCUGGCCCUUGGCUGCGACCUGAGGGUGGUGGCCUCCAACGCAAAGCUGGGCCUCGUGGAGAGCAGACUGGCCAUCAUCCCCGGCGCCGGCGGCACGCAGCGUCUGCCCAGGAUCGUCGGCGGGCCGCUGGCCAAGGAGCUGCUCUUCACCGGACGCAUCUUCGACGGCAAGAAGGCCCGCGAAUACGGCAUCGCCAACCACGCGCCUGAGCAGAACGACGCCAAGGACGCAGCCUUCCUCAGGGCCAUGCAGCUGGCCGAGGAGAUCCUGCCGUCAGGGCCGAUCGCCCUGAAUCUGAUCAAGACCGCCGUCGACGCGGGACUGCAGACGAGCAUCGACCAGGGGUACAAAAUCGAGGAGCAGUGCUACGCGCACGUCGUGCCCACCAGGGACAGAAUUGAGGGGCUCCUGGCUUUCAAGGAGAAAAGGGCCCCGAGGUUCACCGGCGAGUGAUUAAAUCCGUCCUAAUUUUGAUAUUUGAAAGGUGCCAAUAUUCGUUAUUUGGGAAAGUCUUGGUGAACAGAUAGCGCCACCGUUUGUAAACAGUUCUCGGGUACUUCCAUUGUGAUUUCAGAUUUAAUUCUUGGCGCAAAAAAUGUAAUUAGUAAUAAUUUUUGACCGAUUUUGGUUUUCGGCACAUCAAACAAGAAAACCACUUCAAAAUUUUAAAUUACCAUCUUUUGGCAGCUGUGAUCACCACAGAAUUUCCCAAUAAUCGGCGAAUUGUUACAAAUCAACGCUUUAUAGCAUUUUCCAGUCGCUCAAUUGUAAAUGAAUAUUUGUCUUGUAUCAUUAAAUGAAACGAGAUCGUUAUUAUUUUUGAAUAA